UGAAUAGGAUGUAAUAAAUACCAUGCAUGAUCAUGAAUAAUUCACGACGCAUUCAUUUAUUUUUUAUUUAUUGCGUUCAUUCGGACACUUUUGGUCGUCCAUAAAUACCGCCGCAAGAUGGCGGCCGUGCGGUGACGUUGACGCUUUAGCCACCGUAGAAAAAGAACAUGCGGAAGUUGGCAUUGUCUCAAGUGCACAAAGACGAAGCGCGAGCGUGAAUUCUUCAAACGGCAUGAAAAUGUCCAAAAAGGAACUUUGGCCAUCAAGAGAGGAGAACGAGAGCCAACAGGAAACAUUUUGUCCCUCUCAAAUCAUCCAAGGUCUUGUGUGUUCCAGAUGUCCGGCGGCUCAGUGGAUGCCAGGAGGAAUCUAUGCCGCCUCGUGUUAAGGAGGAAGCCGAGGAUCCUCUACCCCCCCACAUUAAAGAGGAAGAGGAGGAUGCCGAUGUCACAACCGUCGUAGUCGUGAAGGGCGAAUGCGACGGAGGAGACAGAGACAAACCGCCCCCGUCGCCGCGGCUUCGUGGCAGCAGCUCACCGGGGCACGUGGCGAGGGAAGAACUUCCACCUCAGCAGCAUUGGGCGAGCUCCAGUUUGCACUGGAAGGAUCCGCAGCCCUCCCACAUGAAGGAGGAAGAGGACAAGGCUGAGGUCAGCAAGUUGCCCCUGACUGGUGUCUCUGCAAAGAGCGAAGAGGACGACGACGAAGCGCUCGACCGGCCGCGCUUUCGUCAUCAUGGACCAAGUGGCCGCGAGCCACUGGACGGCCUCUUAGCGCCGCUGUCAGACAGCGACCACAUGGAAGAACCUUCGAGGGGCGACACGGACUCUCAAGGCGCCGACGGGCAGUCGGAAUGCUCGGCGAAGGAGGCGGCGCUCUGCGACAAGAAGAUGUCACAGUUCGCUCGCUCCGUUUGCGGUAAAGGAGUGGCGAACCGAGCGAAAUUGGCCCGGCGCGUGAGAACACGCACGGGGGGGAAAAAGUUUCGCUGCUCACACUGUGGUAAAGAAUUCUCCCAAAAGGGGUCGAUGGCAGAACACGUGAGAAUCCACACGGGAGAAAAGCCCUUCGGCUGCUCGGUUUGCAGCAAAUCCUUCUCCCAAAAAGGAAGCCUGCAGGCCCACAUGAGAAUGCACACGGGAGAGAAACCCUUCAAGUGCUCGCAUUGCGGGAAAGAAUUUGCUCAGAAGGGAACGAUGCUUGGCCACGUGAGGCGACACACCGGAGAAAAACCCUUCAGUUGCUCAUUUUGCGGUCAAACAUUCCGCCAAAAGGGAAGCCUGCUCUCGCACGUGAGAAAACACACGGGAGAAAAACCCUUCAGUUGCUCAUUUUGCGGUCAAACAUUCCGCCAAAAGGGAAGCCUGCUCUCGCACGUGAGAAAACACACGGGAGAAAAACCCUUCAGUUGCUCAUUUUGCGGUCAAACAUUCCGCCAAAAGGGAAGCCUGCUCUCGCACGUGAGAAAACACACGGGAGAAAAACCCUUCAGUUGCUCAUUUUGCGGUCAAACAUUCCGCCAAAAGGGAAGCCUGCUCUCGCACGUGAGAAAACACACGGGAGAAAAACCCUUCAGUUGCUCAUUUUGCGGUCAAACAUUCCGCCAAAAGGGAAGCCUGCUCUCGCACGUGAGAAAACACACGGGAGAAAAACCCUUCAGUUGCUCAUUUUGCGGUCAAACAUUCCGCCAAAAGGGAAGCCUGCUCUCGCACGUGAGAAAACACACGGGAGAAAAACCCUUCAGUUGCUCAUUUUGCGGUCAAACAUUCCGCCAAAAGGGAAGCCUGCUCUCGCACGUGAGAAAACACACGGGAGAAAAACCCUUCAGUUGCUCAUUUUGCGGUCAAACAUUCCGCCAAAAGGGAAGCCUGCUCUCGCACGUGAGAAAACACACGGGAGAAAAACCCUUCAGUUGCUCAACCUGCGGCCGGAGCUUCUCCCACAGGGCGGCGAUGGCGACGCACGCGCGCAGGCACACCGGAGAGAAACCCUACCCUUGCUUGACCUGUGGCAAAGUCUUCUCCCAAAGGCAACACCUGGUGUCGCACGUGCGAACGCACACGGGCGAGAAACCCUACGGUUGCUCGACUUGCGGCAAACGCUUCGCUCAGAAGCCCCACCUGGCGACGCACGCGCGAACGCACACGGGCGAGAAGCUCUUCGGCUGCUCGGUUUGCGGCAAGUCGUUCUCUCAAAAAGGAGGCCUGCGCUCACACAUGGGGAAGCACGCGGGAGCAGAGAAACUCCCGAGAUGCUCCCUUUGCGGGAAAGCCUUCUCGCAAAUGGCGCAGGUGGUUGCGCACAUGAGCGCGCACACGGGAAGGCCCCUGAGCUGCCCGCUGUGCGGCGAAAGCUACGCUCACAAGGGCAGCUUGAUGGAGCACAUGCGCAAGCACAACGCCGGUGGCCAGUAGGAAGGAUUUUUCUUGCACGUUGCCACAAAACCGAUAUGCAGCCGGACCUUUCUUUGCAGCUCCUCGUUCAUCCUCCGGAGAACGACGUGGCGGCCGUCGCUUAUCCUCCAUCCAUCAUUUCUAGCAAAGGUUUGAUAUUCCCAAAUGGAAAAGCCAAUUUCCGGUCUCUUGUCGAAGUAAGGGCAACGGUAUCAUGUGUGCUUGCCCAUUUUUUGGACAUGCGUCGUUCAAUUCGGUUGACGUCUGUGGUCUGUAAAUAUCCGAGUGAAGAAGAAAA